UCUAUUAAUACGAUCCCGGCGCCAACGAUUGAGCCACAGCUAGCUGCCACGCACCGACCAACACGCAGCCGCGAGCAAGCAGAGCUAGGCGCGAGGAAGGAACAAGAACGGCCGAUCGAGCAAGAUGGUCAACUUCAUCGAGGCGCAGAAGCCGCUGCUGUCGCGGCUGAUGAAGAUGGCCGGGCUCCGCCCCAUCGAGAUCGAGCUGGAGCCGGGCACCACCAUGCACAUCUGGGCGCCCAAGCACCACGUCGGCAAGAAGGGCACCACCAUCAGCCCGCUCGAGCCUACCUCCGCCGCCACCGCCGCCAAGAAGUCCAAAAGUAGCAAAAAGAGGAGCCCGGAGUCGAAGCCCAACGUGGUGCUCAUCCACGGCUUCGCCGCCGAGGGCAACGUGACGUGGCAGUUCAACUUCGGCGUGCUCGUGUCGCGCUACAACCUCUACAUCCCGGACCUCAUGUUCUUCGGCGGGUCCUCGACGGCGAGCGCCGACCGGUCGCCGGACUUCCAGGCGGGGUGCGUGGCGGCGGCGCUGGCGCGGCUGGGCGUGGCGCGGUGCGACGUCGUGGGGUUCAGCUACGGCGGGAUGGUGGCGUUCAAGCUGGCGGAGGCGCGGCCGGAUCUGGUGCGGUCGCUGUGCGUGUCCGGGUCCGUGGUGGCCAUGACGGACGCCGUGAACAGGGAGGCCAUGGAGCGGCUGGGCGCGGGGUCGUCGGCCGAGCUGCUCAUGCCCGAGACGCUCAAGGGGCUCAAGGCCCUGCUCUCCAUCUCCAUGUACAAGAAGAUGUGGUUCCCGGACAGGUUCUACAAGGACUACCUCAAGGUGAUGUUCACCAACAGGAAGGAGAGGAUGGAACUGUUGCAGGGGCUGUUAACCAGCACCAUGGACGCCAAGAUCCCUGUUUUCCAACAGAAAAUAAUGCUGCUGUGGGGCGAGGAGGACAAGAUCUUCGACAUCGAGCUCGCCAAGAAGAUGAAAGAGCAGCUCGGCGACAACUGCUUCCUGCACGGCAUCCGCAAGGCCGGCCACCUGCUCCACGUCGAGCGGCCGUGCGCCUACAACCGCCAGCUCCAGAGGUGGCUCGCCUACGUCAACUCCCCCGCCGGAGGAGACCAGGCCAGCUGAUCUGCUGAUGCAUGUGUGCUCCCUGCUCCUGAUCCUGGGGAUCAUGCAUGCAUGCACAUGCCCAGUUCCACAUGAUACGCCGUGACCAUUCCUUCGAUAUGCACCUGUUCUUGCUCAGUUAUUCGUGUUCUGUUUUUGCGAGAAGUAGGCAGCCGACAGGCCAACACACUGUAGAGUUGACCUCCUGGGCCUGGUGGUUCAGUAUACUCAUGAUCGCCUCAUUCGUCUUGGAUUCAAUUCUUUGUAAUUCUUCAGUCAACUACACGCGCAAUGCAAUGUAACACAAAUACUACAUCCCAUACCGCAUACAUACGUCCCAGAAGGCAGAA